AUGAGGAGAUUUGUUUACUGCAAGGUGGUUCUAGCCACUUCACUGAUGUGGGUUCUUGUUGAUGUCUUCUUACUGCUGUACUUCAGUGAAUGUAACAAAUGUGAUGACAAGAAGGAGAGAUCCCUGCUGCCUGCAUUGAGGGCUGUUAUUUCAAGAAACCAAGAAGGCCCAGGAGAAAUGGGAAAAGCUGUACUGAUUCCUAAAGAUGACCAGGAGAAAAUGAAAGAACUGUUUAAAAUCAAUCAGUUUAACCUUAUGGCCAGUGAUUUGAUCGCCCUUAACAGAAGUCUGCCGGAUGUAAGAUUAGAAGGAUGCAAGACAAAAGUCUACCCUGAUGAACUUCCGAACACAAGUGUAGUCAUUGUAUUUCAUAAUGAAGCUUGGAGCACUCUCCUCAGGACUGUUUACAGUGUUAUAAACCGGUCCCCACACUACCUACUCUCUGAGGUCAUCUUGGUAGAUGAUGCCAGUGAAAGAGAUUUUCUCAAGUUGACAUUAGAGAAUUAUGUGAAAAACUUAGAAGUGCCAGUAAAAAUUAUUAGGAUGGAAGAGCGCUCUGGGUUAAUACGUGCCCGUCUUCGAGGAGCUGCGGCUUCAAAAGGGCAGGUUAUAACUUUUCUUGAUGCACACUGUGAGUGCACAUUGGGAUGGUUGGAGCCCUUACUGGCAAGAAUAAAAGAAGACAGGAAAACUGUUGUAUGUCCCAUCAUCGAUGUCAUUAGUGAUGAUACCUUUGAAUAUAUGGCUGGGUCAGAUAUGACUUAUGGGGGUUUUAACUGGAAACUGAAUUUCCGCUGGUAUCCUGUUCCCCAGAGAGAAAUGGAUAGGAGGAAAGGAGACAGAACAUUACCUGUCAGGACCCCUACUAUGGCUGGUGGCCUAUUUUCUAUUGACAGAAACUACUUUGAAGAGAUAGGAACUUACGAUGCAGGAAUGGAUAUCUGGGGUGGAGAGAAUCUUGAAAUGUCUUUUAGGAUUUGGCAAUGUGGAGGCUCACUGGAGAUUGUAACUUGCUCCCAUGUUGGACACGUUUUUCGGAAGGCAACUCCAUAUACUUUUCCUGGUGGCACAGGCCAUGUCAUCAACAAGAACAAUAGGAGACUGGCAGAAGUCUGGAUGGAUGAAUUUAAAGAUUUCUUCUAUAUCAUAUCUCCAGGUGUUGUCAAAGUGGAUUAUGGAGAUGUUUCAGUCAGAAAAACACUAAGAGAAAAUCUGAAGUGUAAGCCCUUUUCUUGGUACCUAGAAAACAUCUAUCCGGACUCCCAGAUUCCAAGACGUUAUUACUCACUUGGUGAGAUAAGAAAUGUUGAAACCAAUCAAUGUCUAGACAACAUGGGCCGCAAAGAAAAUGAAAAAGUGGGCAUAUUCAACUGUCAUGGUAUGGGAGGAAAUCAGGUAUUUUCUUAUACUGCUGACAAAGAAAUCCGGACCGAUGACUUGUGCUUGGAUGUUUCUAGACUCAAUGGACCAGUAAUCAUGCUGAAAUGCCACCACAUGAGAGGAAACCAGUUAUGGGAGUAUGAUGCUGAGACUCACACUCUUCUUCAUAUAAUCACCCAGUCCUGUCUCUCAGUAAGUAAAGUUGCUGAUGGCUCAGAACAGCCCACUGUGGAAACAUGUAAUGAUAGCACUUGGCAAAAAUGGCUACUAAGAAACUAUACAAGAAUGGAAGUUCUUAGAAAUAUUUUUGGGAAUACUACCGAGUACAUUCUUUAA